AAUUUCACCCCUGUCCACAUUGCCUUCCUUGCCUUUCCUGCAUAAAUCCUGGGUGAGAAUCCCAAAGCUAUUCAGAUGUUGUACACAAAGCUCUUGUGCCUUCUUUCAAAGAAUGUGUUUUACUUGUGAUCUGGCUGAGAGCCCACUCCAAUGGGUGCAACUGAGACAUGAUUGGUACCCAUUUAUCUUUCCAGAUGCAGACAUCUGCACCAAGUGUCCAGAAGACCAGCAUCCCAACCAAGACAAGGAUCAGUGUUUCUCCAAGGAGACAACCUUCCUCUCCUAUGAAGAACCUCUGGGGAUCGUCCUUGGGUCCUUAGCCCUCUUCUUCUCCUCAACCACCCUUUUACUCUUCGGCAUCUUCCUUAAAAACAGAGUAACUCCAAUAGUCAAAGCCAACAACCGAGAUCUCUCCUAUCUUCUCCUGGUCUCCCUCCUGCUCUCCUUCUUGUCCUCUUUCCUCUUCAUUGGCCGGCCACAGAAGGUCACCUGCCUCCUCCGACAAGCAGCCUUCAGCCUCAUCUUCUCAAUUGCCAUCUCAUCUGUGUUGGCCAAAACCAUUAUGGUGGUGCUGGCCUUCCUGGCCACAAGGCCUGGGAACAGGAUGAGGAGGUAUCUAAGAAAGGGUCUGGCUAAUGCCCUCGUCCUUUCUUGCUCUGGGGUUCAAGUGGUCAUCUGCAUCACAUGGUUGUGUAUCUCUCCCCCCUUCCCAGACUCUGACAUGAAUUCCCAGCCUGGAGAGAUCCUCCUGAAAUGCAACCAAGGGUCAGUGGCCAUGUUCUACCUUUCCCUUGGCUACCUGGGCUUCCUGGCUGCCACAUGCUUCACGGUGGCUUUCCUGGCUAGGAAGCUGCCUGGGGCCUUCAACGAAGCCAAGCUGAUCACCUUCAGCAUGCUGAGCCAGUAA